AUGCUCCCUGGUGGGAACAGGUUUUCAGCUCCAGCAGUAACAUCUGAAGGUCCAUUCCCACUGGGACCUUUCCCUAGGCACAUCUGGAUCCACAACAACACUCCCCAGGAUGGUUUGGACGAGGCCUGCCACGAGAUCUGGAAACGCGUUCAACGACUCUCUGAAGAGCUGCAGCCCCCAUCGUUGGUGCCACCGCUGCCGUAUGCUCUCUGCUCAGACCUGUCAGGAACCCUUCAAAGAGACAGCAUCAACUCCCAGAGCAACAACUACUUGCUAGAUGAACCAGACGGACUCGAAAGUAUAUACAGAGCAAUGAUUGGAAACAAAGAGAGGGAGAUGAAAUUAAGAGCUCUCUGUGACACUCAGCUUUCUGCUAAACCCAUUAUCACCAGCCUUCUGUGUUCAGCAAAAUCCCACAAGAAUUCCAAGGGGCUGGAGGAUGGCAGCGUGACAGGCACUCACAACGCAGAGGGCAGCAAGCUAGAGGUGCCAUUUCUACCGAAAUACACAGACACUGCCAAAGGUGCAGGCAAUGAGGUAAUGGCUGAGGAAACAAAGGUAGUGAAGGAGUUCAUACAGAACAGCAUGUUCAGCUCUGCCAUGAGUAGUACAGCUGUGUCACCACCACCAACAGCAGAAAGUCAAGCCACAGGACAGAAGCAGCAGCUCCCACCAUUUGCCAAGAUUUACUCCAAAACCGACUCCGAUGCAGUCACAAAUAAUCCAGUAACUACUGCAACAUGGGAUAAAAAACAUGUUAAAUACAAUCCAAGUACUUCAGGCUUUACUACUACUUCAGUGACCACACCAUUAAAUCAGCCAGUGUGGCAGAGUCUGAGCUUCCCUCCACUUCCCAUCUUUCCCAACCACUCAAACUUUCCACAGUUUCAGGGUCCGUAUCAUCAGAGAGCAAUGAUCCCCUAUCAGCCAGCUCUGCACCCUUCCUUUGGAUGCUAUUCAAGACAGGUAGCUCCACACAGCCCACAGCAGAUUUUCCAGCCACCUUACCCUCCGAUGUUAAACUACAUCACCCUGGUUCAGCCUGGUUACCCAUACCAGCACAGUACCCCACCUACACUAUCCAGCAACAUCCAGGAUCUAAUGGCAGGCGAUGGGAUCCAGUAUCCAUUCUCUCCUUCCUAUGGGUUUGGUUCUACACCUGGAGGAGCUGUGACAACUAACCUCAACUACUUUUCCAGUGAGAGCUAU